AUGGAUUUGGCUUCGAAAAGUCAAAAAGGAAAGAAGAAGUUGAAGUCAUGGACGCGUGAUGCCCACAGUACUCGGGGUGCAUCGAAACGUGCGCAGUCUGUUGGUGCUCAGGAGGAGCAAGAACGUGAAGAGAGUGUCGUGGCUCACAUUUUUGAGCGCGAUCCCAAGAAUUAUGGGAAAGCGAUGCGCAGCAGCAAGCGCGAAGGGUGGGAUAUAGCCAUGCGCGAAGAGAUAGAAGCCCUCGAAGAAAAAAAGUUUGUCGAUUGGUCAAGUAAAGUCCCAGUAAUUAUGCACUGCAAACCAAACGGGUCUUAA